UGUUGGUGGUUCACUCUUAUUAUUUAUUAUUAUAGUUUUUAUUUUGGUGUAUUACAUAAAAAUAAUUUUUUUCGUCUUAUUUUUUUUUAAGUUUUACUUUAUCAUAGGUGUUUGGUUACGUACACGAUUAUAAAUUAUAGUAUUAUACCGUCAGCUGUGUAGGUACCUAAAUAUAAAUGACCAUGAAAUGGCCGGUAUAUAAUCAUUUACGUAAUUACUACUUACUAUUUGCAGUAGUAUAGCUAAAUAGUAUUUGCUUUUUAGUUUUAGUCAUCGUCCUAUAUUGGAGAGGUGAACAAUUUAAUAUAUUUUUUAAUCUUGAUACUUUUUCUUUUUGACUGAUUUAACGAUAUCAAUAUGAGAAUCAAAAUUAAUUACAAUUCAAUAUAAUAGUUAAGUCUUCAAGUUAGUUGGUCUCACUAGUCAUACCUAGUCAUACGAAAAACGGUCAACUAUUUUAUAUAUUUGGUCAGCCAAUUUGACACAAGUCAUUUAUUCAUAAAAAAAUUAUCAGGUUAUAAUAUACUCUUUAUAAAAUGAGUAUACCUGUGGCAAUUGGGUCUACAUUUUUUGGAUGUAUGAGCAAUGUUGUUUUUUUGGAACUUUUAGUGAAAGAAGAUCCUGGCAUAGGAAAUUUGAUUACGUUUUCCCAAUUUUUUCUAAUAGCGUUACAUGGAUUUAUAUUCACUGCCAAAUGUGGUACCAAAAAACCAAGCAUCAGUGUCAAAGGGUACAUGAUCUUAGUGGCGAUGUUCUUUGUAACUAAUGUUUUAAACAAUUAUGCUUUUGAUUUAAAUAUUGCUAUGCCACUUCAUAUGAUCUUCAGAGCGGGCUCAUUAAUAGCAAAUAUGGUUAUGGGAGUGAUCAUAUUAAAGAAAAAGUAUACACUUGAUAAGUUUAUUUCUGUGGGCAUGAUCUCAGCUGGAAUUACAAUAUGUACAAUCGUAUCAAGUCAAGAUGUUAAAAAAACUGUUGUACACGGUGUUGUGCAAAACACAUCAGAGUUGGAAGACUUCUUUUGGUGGUGCUUAGGAAUUGCAUGUUUGACUAUUGCGUUGUUCAUUUCUGCUCGCAUGGGUAUAUACCAAGAAACAUUAUAUAAAAAGCAUGGUAAACAUCCACAAGAAGCUUUAUUUUAUACUCAUUUGAUACCACUUCCGUGGUUCCUGUUUUUAUACUCCAAUCUUAAGGAACAUGCAUUAAUGGCUUUUGAAAGUGAACCAUUGCCAUUCAUAGGAUUUGGUAUACCGAGUACCAUUGUUUAUCUUACUGGUAAUGUUUUCACACAAUAUGUUUGCAUAAGUUCAGUUUACUUUUUAACAACUGAAUGUUCGUCGUUGACAGUAACACUGGUUAUAACAUUGCGAAAGUUUGCCAGUUUAUUGUUUAGUAUAUUGUACUUCAGCAAUCCAUUCACUUUGUACCACUGGAUUGGAACUCUUUUGGUAUUUAUUGGUACAAUCAUAUUCACCGAGAUACCUCAGAAAGUACAACAAAUGACGGCGCCAAAAAAGGCAACAAAAAAGUCAAAGAAAACGAAUUAAAACUACCCCAUUAUUAUGAUGUUGGAUUCAUGGCUAUUAGUCUAUUACAGAAUUAUAAUAUAUAUUAUAUGUUGUUAAUGUUUAAUACUACUUGUUUAGAAUAAAUAAAAACUUAUUAAUUUAUUUUAUUAGACAAUAAACAGAAAUAAUUUACAAACAAAUUAAAA